CCGAGGCCCGAGAUGGCGGCGCCCGGGCUGCUCCUGCUGCUCCUGCCGCUCCUGUCGCUGCGCGCCCGCGCCGACGAGCACGAGCACACGUACCAAGAUAAAGAGGAAGUUGUUCUAUGGAUGAAUACUGUAGGACCCUACCACAAUCGCCAAGAAACAUACAAAUACUUCUCUCUCCCUUUCUGUGUGGGAUCAAAAAAAAGCAUCAGCCAUUACCAUGAAACCCUAGGGGAAGCACUUCAAGGAGUUGAAUUGGAAUUUAGUGGUCUUGACAUCAAAUUUAAAGAUGAUGUAAUGCAGACUACUUACUGUGAAGUUGACUUGGACAAGGGAAGAAGAGAUGCAUUUGUGUAUGCUAUCAAAAAUCACUAUUGGUACCAGAUGUAUAUUGAUGACUUACCAAUAUGGGGGAUUGUUGGAGAAGCAGAUGAAAACGGAGAAGAUUAUUACCUUUGGACUUACAAAAAACUUGAAAUUGGUUUCAAUGGAAAUAGAAUUGUAGACGUCAAUUUGACCAGUGAAGGAAAGGUGAAAUUGGUACCAAACACAAAAAUCCAGAUGUCAUAUUCAGUGAAAUGGAAGAAAUCAGAUGUGAAGUUUGAAGACCGAUUUGACAAGUAUCUUGACCCAUCUUUCUUCCAGCACAGAAUUCACUGGUUUUCAAUUUUCAAUUCUUUUAUGAUGGUGAUCUUUCUGGUUGGCCUGGUGUCUAUGAUAUUAAUGAGAACUUUGCGAAAAGAUUAUGCAAGAUACAGCAAGGAGGAAGAAAUGGAUGAUAUGGACAGAGAUCUAGGUGAUGAGUAUGGGUGGAAGCAGGUCCAUGGAGAUGUGUUUAGACCAUCCAGUCAUCCUCUAAUAUUUUCAUCGCUUAUUGGUUCUGGCUGUCAAAUUUUUGCUGUGUCUCUUAUAGUCAUUAUUGUUGCAAUGAUAGAAGAUUUAUACACAGAGAGAGGAUCAAUGCUUAGUACAGCUAUAUUUGUUUAUGCUGCAACAUCGCCAGUGAAUGGAUAUUUUGGAGGAAGCCUUUAUGCUAGACAAGGAGGAAGGCGGUGGAUAAAGCAGAUGUUCAUCGGAGCCUUCCUUAUUCCAGCAAUGGUGUGUGGAACUGCCUUCUUCAUCAACUUCAUUGCCAUCUAUUACCAUGCUUCAAGAGCUAUACCCUUUGCAACCAUGGUGGCAGUGUGCUGUAUUUGUUUCUUUGUCAUCCUUCCACUGAACCUCGUUGGGACUAUUCUUGGCCGAAAUCUGUCAGGACAGCCUAAUUUUCCAUGUCGUGUCAAUGCAGUGCCUCGUCCUAUACCAGAGAAGAAAUGGUUCAUGGAACCAGCUGUUAUUGUUUGCCUGGGUGGAAUCCUCCCUUUUGGAUCAAUUUUUAUUGAAAUGUAUUUCAUUUUUACUUCAUUCUGGGCUUACAAGAUCUACUAUGUUUAUGGCUUUAUGAUGCUGGUUCUGGUUAUCCUCUGCAUUGUGACAGUUUGUGUGACCAUUGUUUGUACGUAUUUCCUGCUAAACGCAGAGGAUUACAGGUGGCAAUGGACCAGCUUUCUUUCUGCGGCAUCAACUGCGAUUUAUGUUUACAUGUACUCCUUUUACUACUACUUUUUCAAGACAAAGAUGUAUGGCUUGUUUCAAACAUCAUUUUACUUCGGUUAUAUGGCAGUAUUUAGCACAGCUUUGGGAAUAAUGUGUGGAGCUAUUGGCUACAUGGGAACAAGUGCCUUUGUUCGUAAAAUCUACACUAAUGUGAAAAUUGACUAAGGAAAUAAGAAAAUUGAACUAUGGAUCAGCUCCUGUUUUCCUGGGGAUGAACUUGCACAGCAAAAAGCGCGAGAAGAGAUUUGGGUUUAACACUGGGCACUAUAUGGGUCUCCAUUUUGUGGAUGGCUUAAAGUAACAUCUAUUUCAUUGAUCCUAGGUUCUUACUGACUGCUUUCUCCAACUGUUCACAGCAAAUGCUUGGAUUAUAUGCAGUAGGCAUUACUACAGUACGUGGCUAAUCUUUUCCCCCCCAAAAAAACAACAUCAAAAAACAAAAAAAACCUCGCUCAUUAAAGAUGAAUAGACUAGCUCUCUUCAGUGAAGAGGACAAACAGUUUGUUUAAAGCAUUUGUUCCAUUCAAUAAAAUGAGGGAAACUUGGCUGCUAAAACUGCUUGAUUAGUAGUCUUCCUGGUACUCAACAUUUCUAAAUUAUGUAAAAAUGCUGUUCCAGAAAGAUUACUCUUCUGAUUUUUACUGCCAUUGCCAGGAUAGGAGGUGUGUUUUGUAUUUUCAACUCCAGGUGCUUUUUGGUUUAUUUGCAAUAUCAACUACCCUACACUCAUUUUUAAAAAAAUAAUUUAAACUUAUAUAAAACUCCCAUAUGCAUGUAAUAUAUCAGCUAUUGUUCUAGUUGGACCAACUUCCCUUUAUUUAUCUUUAAAGUAAUAUCCAGCUACAUCUUAAAUCCAUCCAAAGAAAAUACAGUCUGAAGACGGGGUGUGUUCUCUGCAAUGCAAUUUACUGUAGAGUUAGAAAGCAAAAUGUUAAAUGAAGAGGAUUGUUUGUUUUUUAAUAAACACUCUGAGGUCUAGAUUAAAACAAAACCAACAUUUUAA